UCUGUGAUGAUUCCCUAGUUGCCGGAGUUGUCCACGUAAAAGAUGUCAAGGGACCCAACGAACUCCGAGUUCCGAAAUGCGUUGGAGGUUCUGACCAGGAAUACAAUUUGAAGCAGGUUGGCCCCAGAAUUUACACUUGAGCUUAUUAGUGUCUCAAUAUCGCUCAUCGUCGGCUUCGACAUUGUUUCUAUUAGGUCUGAAUGGAUCCAAUAUCCACUCCCUAUGGCACCUGGGAAAGUCCCAUUACCGCCGAAGCUCUCGCUUAUGGCACAGUAUCUUUGAGCACGCCUAGAGUUGAUGCGAAUACCACAGCUUUCUACUAUCUCGAAGCCGACUGCAAUGGACGCGGACGCAUCAAACGAGCUGGAAGCCCCCCAAACGCAUUUAUGGCAGCUGAAGAGUUCGAUGUUGGCAGCAGCAUCAACGGCUAUGGAGGCGGGGCUUUCACCGUCGAUGCCGACGGUUGGAUCGUCUUCACCGAUGCUAAUACGAAGGCAGUGUACCGCGCCAGACCUGGUGAUGGCGAGGCAAUCGACACCAUCACCAUGCACCCGGACGCCGUUUACGGAGACCUCGCGGCUCAUCCUACAGACCCUCGCCAUUUGCUCGCCGUGCGGGAGCUCAAAUCGCCCGGCAAGAAGCACCCGGACACCAGUAUCGUGUGCAUCGACACGGAAGCUAAAAGCGUGAGGCCCUUGCGCGAGGACUCUGACUUCUUCUCGCAUCCGCGAUUCAGCCUCGACGGGACCAAGGUGUGCUGGCUGCAGUGGGACCUUCCACACAUGCCCUGGACCGGUGCCAGGCUCUACACGGCGUCCUGGACCGGCGCAGGCCUCAGCAACGUCCACCGGGUGGGCAGCCACGUCGGCUGUGGGCAACCCCGCUGGGGUGUGAACGAGACUCUCUUCUAUGCCCAUGACGAGACGGGAUACCAGCAACUCUACCGUGUCCGCCUUGGCGAGGAGCCCCAAUGGCUGCGAAUAGCCGGCCUGGAACGGUGCGAGCUCGCCGGUGCCGAGUUCCUGUUGUCGAGCAACACAUACUUGGAGCUUGAGGAGGGUCACCUGGUCGUAUCGUAUACCAGAGAAGGGUGCAGCAGACUUGCCCUCGUAAACUGCGCCCAGGCUGCCUACGUGGAUCUUGACAUGGCCUUGAACGACAUUGCGUACGACGCCAUGCAACGCAUCAGCCAUCGCGAUUUUCUCGUCAUCGGUGCCGGUGUUGAUUGUGCUGCUGCCUUGUACCGCGUGCAACUCCCUGACGAGUUCGAUUUUGGCCAUCCAUCGAGACACCCGUGCCAGGUUACGAUGCUCGCUCAGUCGUUCGACACCUCUUUCCUCCCCGAAGGCAGCCUGUCGAGGCCCGUCCCCGUAACAUUCCCAAGUUCUUCAGUGUCUAUCAAGUCAGGCCAUGCCUUCCUGAUGCUUCCUACCAACUCCAACCAUAGCGACCACGCUCUCAGCGCUGCCGAACUCCCACCCUGCAUAAUCGCCGCCCACGGCGGCCCUACCAAACACCACCGUCCGAGCAUCAACCUGGAGUACCAAUACUUCACCUCGCGCGGCUACGCCGUCGUCCUGCUCAACCACGUCGGGUCGACAGGAUACGGCAACGCCUACCGCGACGCCAUGGACGGGCGCUGGGGCGAGGCAGAUGUCCAAGACGCCGUCGACUGCGUCUCGGCCCUCGUGGGAGCCCGGCUGAUCGACCCGGGGCGCGUCGGCAUCGCGGGGCCCAGCGCGGGCGGGUAUCUGACGCUGCAGGCCGCGUGCACGAGACCUGGCGUGUGGGCCGGUGCCGUGAGCAUGUUCGGCAUCUCGGAUGUGGCCGGGUUUGCCCGAACGACGCACAAGUUUGAGAGCUGCUACGAUUAUCUGCUCGUCCGUGGACGGCCAUCGUUGAGUGGAUCGGAUCGGUUGGAGGGACAUGGUUGUAGCACUCUUACAGACCAGAUGGCGGAAAAUGAUGAAUGGGGGAAGGGCACGCUUGCAGGGUUAUAUGACGAGAGAAGUCCGAUCAAGCGUGCCCAUCGUCUCGAGGCACCGGUUUUGCUCCUACAGGGCUCUGUCGACUCUGUCGUGACCCCUGAUCAGGCAACUGACUUUGUGGCUGCCGCGAAAAGACACAGAGAUGGGAGCACCGCCCCUGGACCAAAAGCUGGCGACUUGGUCGAGUUGGCCGUGUAUGGAGAGGAGGGUCACGGGUUUCACCUUGCCAGGACUAGACAAGAUGCACUGAUGCGACAGGAGAGUUGGUGGCGGAGGACGCUCUUGGGCCUCUAAGGGUUGGUAAGACUAUAGAUACAUCGCCGGGAUCACUGGCUCGCUUAGAUAUUUGGUUGUGG